AUGCCUACACGCAUCACCAUGUACACGCCCGCCAACCCCCAAGGCACCACCACCACGCUCACAAAAACACCCUCCUCCUCCUCCUCCGCCGUCCUUUCCGCCGAGGAAGCCGCUGUGCUUACGCCCUUUCAAAAACGCGUCUUCCACCUCCUGCAGCAGAUCCCCGCCGGGCGCGUCACCACCUACGGCAGCCUCGCCCGCGCGCUGCGCACCUCGCCGCGCGCCGUCGGCAACGCCCUCCGCAACAACGUCUUUGCGCCGCGCAUCCCGUGCCACCGCUGUGUCGCCAGCACCGGCUACGUCAACGGCUACGACGGCGAGGUGAUUCAGCGCUCGUCGUUUGCGCGCGAGGGCGGCGGCCAGGUGGUCACGGGCAAGGCCUCGCAGAGCAGAGCCGGCAGGGUCAAGGCGGACAUGAGGAAGAAGGAGCAAGAGAGGACGGAGCCGCCGUCGGGGACGAAUAUACAGAAAAAGCUCGAUUUGCUGAGGACAGAGGGCGUUUCGUUUGAUGCCAAGGGCAUGCUGCAGAACAAGUACAAGGUUCUGUUUGAUGGGCCGUGGGAUGUGCUUGAUGAAUAA